AAAGACAGAGAGGUAUACUUGGCAAGCGGAUUCAGGAUGCUGAGCUCCCUUUUAAGCUUUUGGACGUCUUCUUUGCUCUUCUGCAUGGGCCCUCUUUUGCAUUGUGGAGAAGCCCAGGUCCUGACUGAGGUCCAGGCUGGUCCUCUUUAUCGAAUGGCGGGCUCCCGUCUCUCCAUUUCUUGCAACGUGAGCGGCUUCACCGAUGUCAGCUCUCAAAAGGACUUUGAGUUCCGUGUGACCAAGCCAUUCACGGACAACGAGCUGAACAUCAUCAGUACCAGUGACCCAACAUUUGGCUACACCGUGUACCGAAACAGAGGUAACGACAUCACCUUGUCGCACGUUACACCCAACUCUGUUCUCUUUGAGAUACAAAGUCUUCGGAAAGACGACGAAGGGAAGUACAACUGUUUUGUGGUCAACCCGUAUACAGUUUACAAAGGAACCUACGAUGCAACGACCGUUGUGAAAGUGAUUGACAACUCCUUAAGAGUUUCAUCAACUGACUCGACCAGGCUGAGCCAUAACGAGGGUGAAGCGCUCACCCUGACAUGCCGAGCCUCCAGCGACACCAUCCAGCAUACCCAUCUGUCCGUAGCCUGGUAUGUCCACAGAGAGAACCAGGACAACGCACAGCUCAUCUUGUCCCUGGAUAGAGACUUCACGUUAAGGCCCGGUCAAGAGUUCCGAGGGCGUUACCAAGCCGGGUUCAUCAGGUUGGAUAAAGUCGGAGAGGCCACUUACAGGCUGAGGAUGGAACAACUGGAAGUGUCGGACCGUGGCCGGGUCUACUGCCAGGCCCAAGAGUGGAUCCAGGAUCCUGACCUCUCCUGGUACUCGCUCGCACAGAAGACUGCGGGGGACACAACACUGGAUGUCAAAGGAAGAGAGUUGGUCCCAGACAAGCCCUCUGUGGUGGUGAGAUUAUCUGCACAGCAGUUAUCUCUGCAGGAGGGGCAGGAGCUCCUCCUAACCUGCAGUGUUGACACGCAGAACCUGGAGGAAAAGUUUUUCUCUGUAGCUUGGCACCGCGCAGGUGUGGAGAUGGCUCGAAUCGGUCCCACGGGGGUCCUGUCUGUGACACCUGAGUACAGUCUGCGAGAGAAACAAGGAGAGCUCAGAGCCAGCAAGACUGGGGACGGAGAUUACCGUCUCGUAUUGCAGCCUGUUAGCACUGACGACCAGGGAGAGUACAUGUGCAGAGUGUGGCCCCAAGAAAGAGGACAACGUGGCGCCUUUGUGCAAGGAGCUGCCCAAGACUCCAUCUCUCUGCAAGCUAGCAUCUCUGCUACAGAGUUGGUCCCAGACAAGCCCUCUGUGGUGGUGAGAUUAUCUGCACAGCAGUUAUCUCUGCAGGAGGGGCAGGAGCUCCUCCUAACCUGCAGUGUUGACACGCAGAACCUGGAGGAAAAGUUUUUCUCUGUAGCUUGGCACCGCGCAGGUGUGGAGAUGGCUCGAAUCGGUCCCACGGGGGUCCUGUCUGUGACACCUGAGUACAGUCUGCGAGAGAAACAAGGAGAGCUCAGAGCCAGCAAGACUAGGGACGGAGAUUACCGUCUCGUAUUGCAGCCUGUUAGCACUGACGACCAGGGAGAGUACAUGUGCAGAGUGUGGCCCCAAGAAAGAGGACAACGUGGCGCCUUUGUGCAAGGAGCUGCCCAAGACUCCAUCUCUCUGCAAGCUAGCAUCUCUGCUACAGAGAGUGACCUCAGCCUGACCUGCACUCCUGCCCUGAUAAGAAACAUCAACAGUGACAUAACCAUAAAAUGCUCUGUUAUGUCAUCUCGCCCUGGAUUGUCUCGCUACGCCGUCACCUGGAUUCUCCAGAAACCGGCCCAAAAUGUCAUCAUUGCCAGCUCAGAUCGAGACUCCUCAGUAAAGUUUGGGCCCACGGUGAAUGUGGUCCACGGCCAGCGGAUCAGCGUCCGACGUACUGAGGGUCCUAGUUUUGAGUUGACCGUUCGAGAUACUGAGACCUCAGACCAAGGUUCUUACGUCUGCGAGGUCGUGGAGUGGCUGCAAAAUUCUCGUGGCAAAUGGCACCGCCUCACCUCGGUCUAUGGAAGCACACAGCUGACACUCAUUAAACCUGCCAAUGAUCUGCGUUUGGAUACCACGGAGACAUGGCUCUCUGCAAGGGAAGGAGACGAAGUGCAGCUCAAGUGUGACUUGAUUACAGAAACCUCUGGUCCUCCUCUUUUCUACAAACUCACUUGGUUCUACACCGGGCAUGGUUCUCCGACCGUGAACAACCAGCUACUGGAGCUUGAUCGCAGUGGCAUACUGCGGUACCCUAGCAACGAGGGGCUUCACGGCCUGCAGAGGAGGCUGCGUCUCUCUAGACACAAGCCAAGCAGCUUUGGCCUCGAGAUUCAAAGGGUCCAUGAGCGGGAUAGUGGCACCUACCAUUGUCGGGUGGAGCAAUACCAGCUCGGACUUCACGGUCAAUGGCAGCAGAAGGCUUCAGUCGACGGUGUUCCAAUUAUGUUGUCUGUAAAUGUUACAGACAACAACUUGUCCCUCAUACGGAAAGAGUUGGAGUUUAAUGUGAGCACAGGGCAGAAUUUUACCAUCCCCUGUCAUGUCGCCACCCGGUCCAGCCAGGAGUCCAAGUUCCAGGUCACCUGGUUUUGGCAGCAGGAGAGCCACAGCCAAUGCUAUCCUCUGUUUACAUCAUAUCGCAACUCCACCUUACACGAUAGGGCAGGGUGGGGUGAGAGACUCAGACGAAUAUUCAGCCAUGAUUCGCCCAACCAUUUUGCGCUCACCGUGUCAGAGCCGACCCUUGCAGAGAGUGGCCUUUAUUCCUGUGAGGUCCAAGAGUGGCUGCCUACUCUCUCCCACGGCUGGAGGAAGGUGGGGGUGGAAAAUUCAGGCUAUUCAACUGUCACCGUCUAUUCACAAGGCCAGAAUGACGCUCUCUCUGGAUGUUAUUCCGGCAUGUUGAUCGGUGUUUUUGUGGCCAUUGUGCUGAUCUCCUUGCUGGUCAUAUUUGUGUUGGUGCUCAAGCUGAAGCGAGCCAAGCACUCAAGCAAGAAGUCAGCAGACCUGCGUUGCCGCGUCACGAGCUGUGUGUCUCGUCUUCCCGCUUCCCUGACUGCCUCUUGGAUCUCGACCUACCGCCUGGACACGGACAUUCGACGCCUCGCUAUAGCCGCCGACCUUCUGCCUGCUCACGGACCUCCGGCCCAGCUUUACCCUCUUGGACUCCCGCCUCGUGCUCACCACUCCCGCCUUCAGGUCGCCAUGGCAACAUCAUCAGAUGAGGAAACCAAAUCAAAACUUGCAGAUACCUAAGCAGCUCCAGCCGUUGGGGAGAUUGUGUCUAUUUGCCCGGCCAGCCUGCAAGAAGACACGUCCAGGAGGAUGUCCAAUCAAACACAGCCUCGCAGCAAACAGACAGUUUGAUGAGACGUCUUCAUCAGCCGUGGUUUGGAUGCUCCUCUUCCCGUAUUCACCGGCCACAAUGCUCCUGUGAGCCCAUCAACUGCCGCCAGCGUUUGUCUAUGUCUCGUCUUUGUGUGUGGUUAUGUGUGUGUGUGUGUGU